AUGAGUAAAUUUGAAGUUUCAAUUAUAACAUCACCAACAACAACGUCGGCAUCAUCAUUUUCCACUUCAUCAUUUACAACAGCAACAACCACGAUCGCACCUAGUAACAAUGAAGAUGAAGAUCUUCUUUACAAUUAUUUAGAAAAUUUCCAAUUCAUAGAGUUCUCGUCGAUUGAAAAACUUCAUCCAUUUGCAAAAUUAAAAGUAAUUUUAAAAAAAAUCGAGUCAAUAAAAGACGAAAAAUAUUUCGAAAAGUUAAAAUUAUUACACAAAUUAAGUUUACAUUCAAAUCUUAUAGCAAUUUACGGGUACACUGUUACGACAGAUAAAUCAAAUUACUAUAUUGUAAUGCAAUAUGCAAAUCAAAAUAAUUUACAAAGAUUUUUGGACGAAAAUUUCGAUAAACUUGGAAAGAAAGAAAAGAUUGACAUGGCAUACGAUCUAGCAAACGGAUUGAGUUUUAUUCAUAGUAAUGAUAUUGCGCAUAAUGCUUUGCAUGCUAAUAAUAUAGUGAUACAUAAUAAAAGGUUAUUAAUAACGGAUUUGUUUCUUUCCAAAUCAAUAAUACCCGAUAUUAACGAUGACAACCUCACUAACAAAAACGACGAUAAUAAACUUAUGGCAUAUAAUGAUCCAACAUCGUCGUCAAUAUCGUCACCAACAAAAAAAGACAUUUAUAGUUUAGAACAUGCAGAAUCAAUGGCUAGUGUACCGGUAGAAUAUAUAGAUUUAUAUGAACAAUGUUGGGACAAUGAUCCAAGUGUUAGGCCGGAAAUUGAAACUAUUUUGGAGAAAUUAUCAAAACUGCAAUCAAUUGCUGUCCAAGCUAAUUAUACUAACAAAGGCAUUAGUGGUGUAAUGAAUUUGUGUUCAGAAUUAUCAGAAAAAAUUUCCACGUCACCGGAUCGCGACGAUUUGACUCCAGAUGCUGAAAUGAUCUUGACUAAAGCAAUGAUGAAAUUGUUUGUUAGGAGUAAUGCAAGAAUCGAGAAUCUUUCGUUGUGCUCAUCUGUCAAUUACGAAAGUGAUUUAUACAAUUUGGUGAAUUACAACGAGCCUUACUAUUUGAUGAAAGAUAAAGAAGUGAAAAUUUUAUUUGAAGGUGUCAAAAGUGUGGAACUACUUCUUGCAAUCAGAAAAAAUAGUUUAAUCAAAAUUUUGACCGACGAACAUCUACAUAUAGAUACGUUAUGGUCUCGACACCCGGAAGAUACACACGUAGAUUUAUUUGGAGCCGAAAUAACAACAUUCAUAAGAUCACAAAAAUCUUUACUAACAUUUCGCUUGACAAAAUGUAAAGGUUACACGCGAAUAUUCUUCCCCGCGUUAUCAUCACAUAAAUCAUCAUUACGUCAAUUAACAUUUAAUCAAGUGGAUUUCAAAGGAUGCGAUACAUUGGAAUUUUUGAAUUCUUGCAAAUCGUUGGAAUUGCUUGAUUUAUAUCAGUGUUUAAAUAUCGAAGAAGAAAUGAUUAAGCCCUAG